AUGGCACCCGCCGACGCAGAUAGCCGCGCCGUCAAGAAGGCGAGAAAAAUGAAGGACCCAGUUCAAGCCCUAAACUGCUUGCCCCCGACCGAAAAGCAGCACCUAACCUCCGGCUCGACGAUCACGUUCGAAACAGCAUGGGCAACGGCGAUCUCUGACGCGGAUCAUGAGUGGAUUUUCGAUCUAUUCCGGCGAAACAUGCGGAAACUUUAUGAACAAUCGGAAUGGGGCUACGAUGAAGUCAGCAAAAAGCAAGAGCUGACAGCCACCACCGCCCGAUUCAUCAUCGCCAGAGAUCAAAAGGGACAACCCCUCGGAUAUGUGCACUAUCGCUUUGAUUUGGACCAAGGACGCCGGGUCGUCUAUUGCUACGAACUGCAAAUCGAGCCCACUUUCCAAGGGCUCGGCGCCGGGACCCACUUCAUCAAGGCGUUGGAAGAGGUGGCGCGCAAGACGGAUAUGCUCUACGUAAUGGCCACCGUUUUCAAGCACAACACGAAGAGCUUGGACUUUUUCCACAAGCACGGCUACGUGACGGAUGAGAUGUACCGACAGGAGGAGGACGAGGUCGACUACGUGAUCCUCAGCAAGCCGAUC